CGGGGCCGAUCGGGCCGCCCCGCGCCGGGGCCCCGCCCGGCCCCGCGGGCCCGCCCAGGCCGCAGUGCGCCCGAAACAUGGAACCGCAUCUCAGCUUCCGCGGACGCCGGGCCCUGGUGACUGGGGCUGGCAAAGGGAUCGGGCGCGCCGUGGCUGUGGCGCUGAGCAAGGCCGGGGCCCGCGUGACGGCGCUGAGCCGCACCGCGGCGGACCUGGAGAGCCUCGCGCGAGAGUGCCCGGGCAUCGAGCCGCUGUGCCUGGACUUGGCCGACUGGGACGCCACCGAGGCGGCGGUGGGCGCGGCGGGGCCCUUCGAGCUGCUGGUGAACAACGCGGCCGUGGCGGUGCUGCAGCCCUUCCUGGAGGUGACGCGGGCGGCCCUGGAGCGGUCUCUUGAUGUGAAUCUUCAGGCUGUGUUUCAUGUUUCCCAGAUUGUUGCUCGGCAGAUGAUUGCACAAGGUGUGCCAGGUGCCAUUGUAAAUGUCUCUAGCCAGGCAUCUCAGCGUGCUCUGCGGGAUCAUGCUGUUUACUGUUCCACAAAAAGUGCUUUGGAUAUGCUGAGCAAGGUAAUGGCAUUGGAACUGGGACCCCACAAGAUUAGGGUGAACACUGUGAACCCCACAGUAGUUAUGACUGAUAUGGGGAGAAUUAACUGGAGUGACCCUCAGAAAUCUGCUGCCAUGAUUAAUCGGAUUCCGCUGGGAAAGUUUGCAGAGGUGGAUGAUGUGGUGAACAGCAUUCUCUUCCUGCUGAGCGAUAAGAGUGCUAUGACAACUGGCAGCUCACUGAUGGUUGAUGGGGGAUUUCUUGUCUCCUAAGAUGACACCUGCAUUUCACACCUGGCCUUAAUUUUCAUAGUAGUACUGCAUAGACGUAAACUGGAUAGAAAACAAUGACAGACCCAGUCUUGCUGGAGAAGAGGGGCAGCAGGGCUGGAGCCUGUAUGAGAAGUAAGGCAGAAAAUUACCUUUAGAAGGCUGCUAUAUAAUAAAGCUCACAUACGCCGUCAUGGAGAAUGUUUAUUGCACCAAAUAAGGUUUUAUCUUGUCACUCUACAUGAUGAUUAGAAAUUGGACCUGUCUUUCUUCCAAGCCUAUUCCCCCCCAACAACCCUUCAGAAGCUCUCCCUGUUCCAUCCAAAUCCAUAGAGCUCGCCUGCACUUUCAGUGGGAAGGGAAAGAAGAAGUUAGCAGAUUCCUCAUUGCUUCCUUUGCUGUCUUUAGUAGAAAAAAACAAAACAGAGGCAACAACCACAGCCCUGCUCUGCAGAGGCUGGAUGGGGGGGGGGGGGCCUGCUAAAGACUGAUGGGGGGAGCAGCACCAUGCUGUCCUAUGGUGUGCACACAUGAAAAGGCAAAUACAUCGAUUGCACAGAGCUGUUUCACUCACUGAGUUUGGCUAGUACCCAAUAAAGCACCUAAUGAUUAGUU